CUUACCCUAUAUUAGCGAGUACUUCUACGGAGAAAACCUAUAUUUUCGGAAUACGUAGUAGGCUAUAAUUAUUAUUCCAAAAUUAGCAAUUGAAUUUAGAAAACUGUUUUAUUCACUGAUUUUUUUAUUUGCCAAGAGCCAAAAGAAGCAAAUAUUUCAAAAUGCCUAACAUUAAGUUGCAAUCGUCGGAUGAGGAAAUCUUUGAUACCGACAUUCAAAUCGCGAAAUGCUCCGGGACCAUUAAGACCAUGUUGGAGGACUGUGGAAUGGAGGAUGAUGAAAAUGCCAUUGUGCCGCUGCCUAAUGUGAAUUCAACCAUUUUGCGCAAGGUUCUCACCUGGGCCCAUUAUCACAAGGAUGAUCCCCAGCCCACUGAGGAUGAUGAAAGCAAGGAGAAGCGUACUGAUGAUAUCAUUUCCUGGGAUGCUGACUUUCUUAAAGUGGACCAGGGCACCCUGUUUGAAUUAAUAUUGGCUGCCAACUAUUUAGACAUCAAGGGCCUUCUGGAGUUGACUUGUAAGACGGUGGCCAACAUGAUCAAGGGCAAGACUCCAGAGGAAAUACGCAAAACAUUUAACAUUAAGAAAGACUUUACCGCCGCCGAGGAGGAGCAAGUGCGAAAGGAGAACGAAUGGUGUGAGGAGAAGUAGGACCCCAGUUGACCCCAUGUCCUUUAAUUAAGUUUAAACAAUAUUAUAUAAAAAACAAAAACCACUAAUAAAACCCCCUUCUUUUUUGCGCCUA